UCUGGGUGGGAGUAACGGUUGAAGGGUGGCUGCGAUGGAAGCGGAAGCGCGUAGAAGUUCGGACUUGAAGAUUAGGUUCGGAGAAGAAGGUGGGAAGCACUGGACUGAUGCGCUUCCCAUUGGCAAUGGACGCCUCGGAGCCAUGAUCUGCGGCCGCCUCCAUUCCGAAACCAUCCACCUCAACGAGGACACGCUCUGGACCGGAACACCCGCGGACUACACUAAUUCUAAAGCUCCACAAGCCCUUUCUCUGGUUAGAAACCUCGUUAACCGUCAACAAUAUCCACAAGCCACUGCUGCUGCUUCUGCCUUAACAGGAUCAAAUCCAUCCGAGGCCUACCAACUUCUCGCCGAUAUCAAAUUGGACUUCGAUUAUUCACAUCUCACCGGCGCUCAACAAACUUACCAGAGGGAGCUGGACUUGGAUACUGCUACUGUCAAGGUCAGCUAUUCCGUUGGAGAUGUUCAGUUCAAAAGGGAGCAUUUUGCCUCCUAUCCAGAUCAAGUCAUUUUGUUUCCUCCUCUCCUUCAGUGGCCCAUUCACAUCACCUUCAGAUUCUAAAAGGGAUCCUACUUCUGAGUGUUUCAGUGUAUUGAGCUCAAUAAGCAAUGUAUCAUUUUCUGACCUCUAUCUUGUAAAAUAUUAUUAUUUUAUUGCAAUAGAAAGUUCUCCAACGUCUAUAAAAUUUAAACUUUUGCAACGUUCAUUCCAACGGUCAUAAUGCAACGUUCAUUCCAACGGUAUUGAAAUUUUGCAACGGUCCUUUUUUUUUAUGUCUAUAAAUAUAACAUCCAUUUCAUUCAUUCCAAGUGCAGCACAAAAAACUCAUUUUCAAUCUCUAUUUUCUCUCUUGAUAUCCUACCUUCUAUCUUAUUCUCUAAAUCUGAUAUCCCCUCGUAUAGAGUUUCCUCCGUUCUCCUCUCCUCACAUCUCAUCCCUCUUUCUUCCUUCUUCGGGAUUCAGCUGGCACAAGGUUCUCUCUCAAGGCUUCGACGACUCUGCUUGGCCACUUUAGACCAAAUCUGGCAGCGCACCUCAUUCCACGCGUCCUCUCUUUUCCCAACUUUGAUUGACAUUUCCUUGCGCAGAUACUCUGGCAAAGUCAAAGUCAUUCCGCAUUAUGAAAUUGCAAAUCAAAAGCAUAAAUCAGGCUCCGGCCACGCUCCAUCUGCACCUCCCUAUAUGUCAAAAUCAACUCCUCCAUUCCCUUCUUAUCCUAAUCCUUCUCUAGCAUCCUCCUACCCACCACCUCCUCAUUCUACUUCCUCCUAUCCACCACAUCCCUCUGCAACUCCUUACCACCAUACAACUGGAUCACACCCACCGGUGGCAUCCACAGCCUCAUACCCACCGGUAGCAUCCACAGCCUCAUACCCACCNCCUCCCACAGCUUACCCACCCCAUCCCUCACAUUCAUCUCCCUAUCCACAACACUCCUACCCUGCAUCAUCUCCCUAUCCACCCUCCUCGUAUCCUCCUCCACAUUCCUAUCCGCCUGCUUCAACUUAUCCACCGCCUACAGGUUACACUCCUGGUAACUAUUUCUCUUCUCCUAAUUCAUGUCCACUGCUUACUCACUGCUACUCUGCUCUGCUCUUUCUACCACCAUAUUUUCUUCUUGUCAUGUUUUUCUCCCUCAUAACCACAAACUCUAUCUUUAUUCAGGAAUAUACCCUCCACCGCCAUACUGGCUUGUACAUCACUUUAUAACCCUAUCCCAGCUUUACUUGUUAUCAGAAACCCUGUUUUUGUUUUGUUUCUUAUAUUUUUGCUUUAAGUAGUCUUUAUUCCAUACAUUUAUUUAGUCACGGGUUUAUUUAGCAAAGGUUUGUCAAUUGUGAGGCUCCAUAUCCAACGCUGUUGCAUAUAAGUUUCUCUUCAAUUGCUACCGAUAAAAGGGAUCAUGCCAAAAAGUAAGGGCUACAAUAUCCCAAUCCCCAAUUCUCUCAAACCUCAUUGGCUCUCCGCGAAUAACCACCUUCCAUCUCUUCAAAGGGUUUAGACCGUCAGCAACGUCGAAAAACAACACACGCACUCCGUGUUAUCCUCAAGUAGUCGUUUUCAGAAUUUCCAAAUAUCCCGAAGCCAAGCCACGGGAGGUUCACGGAGGUUCAUGCCCCUGUCUAGAUCCACACACUCACUUCUCGGAGUGGAAAGCUGUUUUGCAUCGUCCAUGGCGUAGAGAAGGAUCCCUUUAAUGGAAUGUAGAUAAAUCUCACAUUAAGAUCCAUGGCGUAUAUUUUUAUAAACUAUAAUGAUUACGGGUGAAAAUAUUUAAAUUCACAUUUAUAUAGAA